AUGGGAAUAUUUGGGUUCAUUAAGCAUUCUGUGAAGAAGGCUGCUGAGCUUGUGGUCAAGGGUUGCUCUAAAGUUUGUACUUUUACAUGCAAAACGAUUUUGGAGAUUUCAAAUGUAUUGUCUUUUUUUUAUUUUUCCGGCAAAAUAAAGGGCUUGAAGAAGUACCUCGAUGAUCGUAACUUGAAAGUUCAAAGCUGAAUAAGUGAAAAGUGCUACUCAAACCUUGAUAUUUUGGAGAAAAAUCUUCAAAAUAAAGAAAAAAUUUUGAAAAAUCGUGUAAGCUACUUCAAGAAUCGUCAUAAAAUAUUAAAUGAAAGAAUUAAAAAAUUCAACAAAAUUAGAAAGCGUAUUAUUGAAAUUAAAGCACUUCAAUUAAAUAGAAUAGAAAAAGAGGAAAAUUGUUCACAAGCUUCUUUUUCAAAGAUGGAUUUUCCUAAAAUUCCUUUACAAGAUAAAACUUCAUUUUUCAAAUACUUGAGCUGCAUAGAUGAAGUUUUUGCAAUCCUUACUUCAUCUUUUUAUCUAAUUGAUGUUUUUAAAUUACUUCCAUCAUGAUCCAUGCGAAUUAGCAGAGGGUUUAAUUUUUUUAUUGUUCUUCAAUUGGGUAAAGAGAUUCUUUUAAGCUAUGAUGAUUUUGAUAGAAAAGAAAAAUAUUUAUUAGAUAAUUUGCAUGCUUUUGAAGAAUAUAUAUCUAGAGUAAAUAUAGAAAUUGAAAAAUGUGAUAAAGAAAUCAUAAAUAUAGAUCAAAAUAUUACUCGCUCAAUAAAUAAUAUUCUCCCUGGAGUUCAUGAAACGAAAUUCUUCGAAAAUGCGGAAAAACUUAUCAGCGAGAUAAAAUCUCAGAAGCCAAGAAGGGAAACUGAAGAAGAAAAAAGUAAAAAAAAAAUUUUAAUUAGGUGUAUGGAUAGUCUUUAUAAAUCUGGGGAUAUUUCAUAUGAAAAGAUGAUCGACUUUUUAAAAAGAAAAGGAAUUUCUGAAGAUGAAUUGAAAAAAUAUUCAUAA